AUUCUAUCCGUACUCGCCGUACUUGUGUUUCGUUUAAUUUUGUUGGCAUUAGUGGAUUAUUUUGUAAUUCUCCUCCUUGGCCGUUCGUUAAUCUGCCCGAGCGACGAAGUCCUGCCUGUCGCCGCCCAAUAAUUCCUGACUCGAGCCGGAUACCAGCCAGAAGAAGGCAUUCAUCCUCGGUAUUGCUCGGCCAGCGAGGGAAGCGAGGGAAGCGCGUCGCCAGGAAAUGGAUGCGCACUCUCACAGCCGCAUCGAUGGAAGCCAGCUGGCCAACGGCGCCAAGUGGACGAUGGAGAAGUCCGAUAUAACCGUGCUUGCUUGGCAGCUGGCGGAGAAGGAGGACGACGAGCGUCCGGAGGAAUCGGCGACACCUUCGCCCUUCCAGGUGGGCAACCGGCACGUGCGGUUGGCCUACGCGCAGCAGUGCCCCGACUGGCUGUACCAUCUGGGCCUGCUGGUGGACCCGCAGACCACGCCGGAGAUGUUCGGCGACGUGCGCUACGUCUGCGUCAGCGGCACGGCCAGCCGCGCGCAGGAGCUGGCCGUCUGCUGUCUGCAGUCCCUCCAGAUGCACAUGCCCGUCGGCUACGCCAUGGCCGACAUCUGCGGCGGCCACGCCCGUUACGCCCUCUUCAAGGCCGGUCCGGUGCUGGCCGUCAGCCACGGGAUGGGCAACCCCAGUCUGAGCAUCAUGCUGCACGAGGUCCUCAAGCUCCUGCAGUACGCCCGCGCCAAACGCCCGGUGACCGUCAUCCGCCUGGGCACCUGCGGCGGCAUCGACGUCCCGCCCGGCACCACCAUCAUCACGGAGAAGGUCUUCAACGGGCUGCUGGAGCACUACUACGAGCAGUACGUGCUGGGCCGCGCCGUCCGCCACCCGGCCAUCCUGGACGCGGGUCUCCGGGCCCGCCUCCUGGAGGUGGCUGGCCAGCCGGACAUGGACGUCCCGGUGGUGGCCGGCAACACGCUGUGCGCCAACGACUUCUACGAGGACCAGGCGCGUCUCGACGGGGCCUUCUGCGACUUUGACGCGCAGCAGCGUCUGGACUUCCUGACGCACUGCGCCACCGCCCACGGCAUCCGCAACAUCGAGAUGGAGUCGCUGUGCUUCGCCGCCAUGACGCACCGCGCCGGAUUACGAGCGGCGGUGGUGUGCGUGGCGCUGCUGAACCGCCUGACCUCCGACAAGGUCACCGGCGACGUGGAGGUGCACUUCGAGGAGUGGCAGCGCCGGCCGCUGCGGCUGGUGGCGCGUCUCAUCGCGCAGGAGCUGGCCGGCGUCCCGGCCGCGGAAUCCCCGCCGAUCGUCGCCGAAGCGCAACUGCAGGCGCUGCGGGCGGCGGUCAGCAGUGUGGCCGUCGGGCCAGCCGCCGGCGGCGUGCCGGGCAAAGGGCAACUCGUGCCGGAGGCGGAGCCGGUGCCGGCGCACCUGGACUCGGGCCACGAGUCGCCCGUCCUCGAUCCGGCCAGUCCGGCGCGCGGCCUCUCGCCCACGCGCCUUAUCUAAUGCCCAUUAUCAUCGCGAUCGGCCGAUCGAUUGGAUUGUCCAGCAACGGCCGAUUGCCAUCGCGAUUUAUCGGCCGAAUGGAUCGCGCGUGCUGCACCGUACAACAACACGUUACGCCGACCUUGCCAUCAUCUGAUAACGCGCGUAUACGGACCUGCUCAGUCAUUACGCUGCCUUUCACGAUGCACUCUCUUGCAUAAUUCACCGGAUAAUUGCUCCUAAUACAAUACGAUAAUAUUAUUGUUAUUCUUAUUUAUUAUACAUGUCGGCCGCCCCAUUUGUACAUAUCACUCGCUCUCUCUGUUUCGCACACGAUCUUUACCGUGAAAACUGUGCAAAUAUUAUUUAUUUAUUUAUUGAGCAAAUGCGUUCCACUUUCCGUAAUAAAAUUUUUACGAAUUUGUUG